GAACCAGAGCAGCACUGGAUCAUGCGCGUAUCCACGGCGUCCUGACAGCUGCAUGCGGCUCGGUUCCAGUGUCAGCGGGCGACAUGGACGGCGGCGAGAGGAAGACUCGGUUCUGUCUCUCUUUCCUGCUUCAGGUGUUCAUGUUUGAUUCUGUCACAUGAAACCUUCUGAUGAUGUGAAGCUCUCAGCUGAAGUUGAGCCAUUUAUUCCGCAGAAGAAAGGUGUUGAUGCUUUAUUACCCAUGAGUCUGUGCGGUGACGGCGGAGCUGAGCCCACACAAAUCCCCUCUUACCUUAUCACAUGCUAUCCAUUUGUACAGGAGAACCAGAACAACAGUCGGCAGCUUCCCAUGUAUAACGGAGACCAACGCUGGCAGCAGUUGAACCCGGGUCCCGGUGGGCCAUACCUGGCGUACCCCAUCCUCUCCUCACCUCAGCCCCCUGUCACCAGCGAUUAUGCCACAUACUAUCACGCCAUCAUGCCUACGCCCUGCCCUCCUGUGAUGGGCUUCUACCAGCCAUUCCCUGGGCCAUUUGCAGGGCCGCUGCAGGCUGGCGUGUUAAACCCCGUUUCGGACUGCGGUGAGAGAGCACCCCCACAGGGCCAGACGCAGAGAGGGAGGGGCAUAUCACGAUCUCCUGUCAUGCACAAGCAGCCAAUCUCUCAGCCAAUGAGAGGCAAGCGCCCUGUGAUGCGUAGUGUGGCGGUGCAGAAGGAGGUGGGCGCAGCCGGACCUGAUGGAAGAUCCAAGACGGUGCUGCUGGUGGAUGCAGCACAGCAGACAGAUUUCCCAGGUGAGACGUGCAACAACGGCAGAUGUUCAUCUGAUCAGACGAGUGUUCUGCAGUGGAAGACUAAAGCUCUUCAUAGACGCACAUCACAGCAGGAGUCGUCCAGUGAGCAGGGAGCCAGUGAGGCCGACAUUGACAGUGACAGCGGCUACUGCAGCCCCAAACACAACCAGACAGCCGCCACCACCUCAACCAAUCAACAUACAGCUUCAACGAAUGUGGACACAGGCGUCAUGACAGCUGUUAGCUGGGGGAAUUUUGGAUCACAUGUCACUCAGAAAGCAUGGACAGACAGAUCUGUGUUGUACCACAGAGGCAGUAAAACACCUGAGCAGAGGAACUACUCACAGAUGAGUUUUGGAGGUCGUGGAGGAGGACAGAGGACAUCACAGCCUAUGUCAUCACAGACCCCCAACACACAUCUCACACCUGAACCACUGUACUUUCAGGAUGAGGAAGAGUUUCCUGAUCUGGCCACAGGUGGCGUUGCUCAGCGGAGUAAACCAGAACCUGCAGCACAGGCCAAACUGCCCAAAAACCUGCUGGAUAAACUUCCAGAGAAUUCUCCGAUUAGUAUCGUUCAGACACCAAUCCCCAUCACCAGCUCUGUGCCGAAAAGAGCCAAGAGUCAAAGGAAGAAAGCUCUCGCCGCCGCCCUCGCCACAGCACAGGAGUAUUCAGAGAUUAGUAUGGAGCAGAAGAAACUACAGGAGGCUCUUUCUAAAGCAGCAGGUAAGAAGAGCCGGACCCCAGUACAGUUGGAUCUGGGUGACAUGUUGGCAGCACUAGAGAAACAGCAGCAGGCCAUGAGAGCUCGACAACUCAAUAACACCAAACCACUGACUUAUACAGUUGGUACAAUGAGCGCUCUACACAGUAAAGACAGCACCAGCAGUCGAGUGCCAUACACCCCCCCACACAACAUCUUGGACUCCAGCGCCCCCCGCAUCAAGAGAGGAAAGGAACGAGAGAUUCCCAGAGUCAAGAAGACCACCGCUAUGAAGAAGAUCAUUCUGCAGGAGCGUGAGGUGAAGAAAGGCAAGAGUUCUGCAGAUGUCACUGCAUCUGGAGCUGAUGAGCAGAGAGACAGUCUGAACUUCUCUGACACACUCACACAGGAGCAAGAUGAGAAUGGUCUCAGUGUUCCCAGUGAUGCAUCUCUCUCUCCAGCGAGUCAGAAUUCUCCAUACAGCAUCACGCCCGUAUCUCAGGGGUCUCCGGUGAGCUCGGGGAUCGGUAGUCCCAUGGCUGCAACUGCCAUCACCAAAAUACACAGCCGUAGGUUUAGAGAGUACUGUAAUCAGGUGUUGAGUAAGGAGAUCGAUGAAAGCGUGACGAUGCUCCUGCAGGAGUUGGUGCGCUUCCAGGAGCGAGUGCAUCAGAAGGAGCCGAGCAAAGCCAAAGCCAAACGCAGACUGGUGAUGGGCCUCAGAGAGGUCACCAAACACAUGAAACUACACAACAUCAAGUGUGUCAUCAUCUCACCAAACUGUGAGAAGAUCCAAGCCAAAGGUGGACUGGAUGAGGCUCUUUAUAACGUGAUCGCCAUGGCAAGGGAACAGGAGAUCCCAUUUGUGUUUGCUCUGGGCCGUAAAGCUCUGGGCCGCUGUGUGAAUAAACUUGUUCCUGUGAGUGUAGUGGGGAUAUUUAACUACUCUGGAGCAGAGGGUCUGUUUAAUAAGGUCGUAUCUCUGACAGAAGAGGCACGGAGAGCAUAUAAGGACAUGGUAAGCGCUCUGGAGCAGGAGCAGGCAGAGGAGGCCCUGAAGAAUGUCAAGAAGGUCACACAUCACAUGGGCCACUCCAGAAACCCUUCUGCUGCCAGCGCCAUCUCCUUCUGCAGCGUCAUAUCAGAACCCAUCUCAGAGGUCAACGAGAAAGAAUACGAGACCAACUGGAGGACGAUGGUGGAAAACACAGACACGCCAGAAUCGCCGGAGUUUGAACCCAUCAGAGCGACCAAUAAAGAGAGAGAGGUCACAUCACCCCCACCACAGCCAGCAUCCAACCAGAACCCAAGCUUGAACCCUGCGGCUGCUCGAGCUCCAGAGAGGGAGGAGUCUCGCACAGAUGACCGUUUGGAGUGGGCGUCUCAGCAGAGCACAGAGACUGGCUCUCUGGACGGCAGCUGCCGAGACCUGCUCAACUCCUCCAUCACCAGCACCACCAGCACACUGGUGCCUGGCAUGCUGGAGGAGGAGGACGAGGAUGAGGAGGAGGAAGAGGACUACACCCCCGAGCCCCUCUCAGUGCAGGUGCCCCCCCUCAGCUGCAGGAUUGAGUCGUGGGUCUCCAAAACGCUGGAGAAUCUGCAGCUGCACAGACCGAGCGACGGCAGCACCGAGGAAGAUGAAGAUGAGGAGGGGCAUCUAAGCGAUGAGGAAGAGCUCGACUCAUCUGAUCUCGCUGAACCGGCGGCUGAUGUCAAACACACACCUGAACCAUCCACACACACGGGCUGAGCGACCACACACACCUCAUUACCCAAAGUUUCUCUGUUUCACAAAACACAAACAUUGACUCAGGAAAUUGAAAUGGACAGACCAACACACACACAGACUCUCUGUAGCCGCACAGCUGUAAAGGAAUAGUUCACCCAAAAUGAAAAUUCAUAAUUUACUCACCUUCAUGGAGUUUGAAACCUGUAUGACUGACUUUAUUCUGUGGACCACAAAAACAGAUGUUUAUUCUCUUCACGCUGCUGUUUUCCAUACAGUGAAAGCAUACAGUGACCAGGUGCUGCCAAAAAGGACAAAAAAACGCUGUUAAAGAACCAUAUGACUUAUAUGCUAUGUUCAAAGUCCUGAGGAAAAGACCUAAAUUUAAAUUUGUAUUUACUAUUCAAUCUUCUCCUCUUCUGAAGCUCCCUAAACAUCAUCUUUUGUGUUCCACAAAGAAAGUCAUAGCGGUUUGGAACAGAACUGCAUCCAUCCCUCCACAUACACACACACACGUCUCUUUCUGCAGGUCGCUCACCAUUUCUUGUCUGAGUGUGUGUUUGGUUUAACGGACAGUAAGAAUCCAGUACACACGACCUAAACAAACACAAACAAUUAAUAAAACCUGCAGACAAAAACAACAGACGACUAGAUGUGUGAGCGAUUCGUGCAGAACUAAUGUCAUGAACAAAUGAACGAAUCCUGCUGUAAAUAACAUGUUUAAAUGUUUCUAAUAUUCAGUCUUUUUCGCUUCUAUUUAUCGUGCUUGAAUUAAAUCAGAUCAGCUGGUUUUGAGGGUGUUUCUCCCUGUUAUGUUUAUAAUUUGUUCUGUCUCUGAGUCUUAUACCUGUAGGUGGAUUUAUUUUCUCCUGGUACUAGUUUUACUGGUUAGAUCAUUUUGUGCAGGUAGUUUAUAUUGGUAAAUUGCUGUACUGUAUUCUGGUGCUUUUGGUUUGGACGGCAGCAGUUUUAGGUCAGUAUCAACUGGUAAACUGUCCCGGUUCAGAUGGACCUCAGAAUCGUCAGUCACAGCUGCUGCAGCGACCCGUCCAAUUAGACACUGAACAUCUGAACCUGAGUGAGUCUCAUGAAAACAUGGCCAGGUAACAGUUCACUCCAAAAAUAUUGUGUAAAAAAAAAAUAAAUAAAAAAAAAAACUCCAUUAGGGCCAUUAAGGUUUUUUGCAUUGUAACAUUAUUUUCACAACAAUUUCACAACAUUUUCCCAUAAAUUCUUCUCAAAAGUGUUUCUCAUUAUAUUCAGUACUGUAUUGUAAAAUACAGUAAGAUUAUUGUAAUACUAUGGUUUUAAAUCAGCAGCAUCAACAGCAGCACAACAAAUGAUAGUGACAAAUACCAAUAUUUUAAAAAAUUACAGUAGUGUUUUAAUAAUGAGAAUGUUUGGGAAUGUGUUUGUGAUGUAAUGUCACAAUGCCAAAAAAAAAAAAAAAAACGUAAUUAUUUCUAAAAAUAGGCUUCAUUUUCUUUAUGCAAAAUAUAAUUUCUCAUUGUUUUCGUUUGAUUUUGGGGUGAAAUAUGAGCCAGGCAUGAGAUUCAUCCACCUGACUUCCACUGUGCGCAUGUGUAUUAGUGCAAAACUCUGUCUAACCCUUAUUCCCUCUGAUGUCCUCUGGUCUUUCUCCAUCUUUAGUAUUAACGGGUGUGUGUUUUUGAGAAAUGAAUCCUGAUGAUAAACCUCUUCAAACUCCAAAUGAAGGUUAUAUUACAUUAUAAUGGUGUUAUCUCGGCAUAUGUUUGUCAUAAUGUACAUUAAUGAUUUCUUGGUAACUGUUUAUAUGAAAGGGUUAAUUAAUGACUAACAUGAGGGUAAAUCGGGUGUUUCAGAGCCGUCAGGUCCAAUGAAACGCAACAGUUGAGAUUGUUUUUCCUCGUGUAAACAGUUGAAAUGUUCUGGAGCAACAUCUCAGUGUAAUAAGCUUCCUGUAGCAGAACUCUGGCACCGCUGUGUUUGGGUUGAUGUGGAGCUAAUGGAUCAGUGUGUAUCUUUCUCUUUCUGUGUUUAGAGUGACUUUCAUUGGCAUGUCUUUUGCACUAUGUACAUAAACGUGAACAUGCUUUAGUAACUAAUGUGAGUCUAGCACCCAUCUUUGACGUGUCAUUUUCAGCAUUUAUUAUUAAGUCACAGCGUCUUUUCAUCUGUACAUGCAGUAACUGUUGACUUAUUGUUAAUACAAUUAAACUGUUUCCAGUAAACUA